CCUUCCUUGACCAUCUAGAUUGAGUUUAAUAUUCAACACACGUGUUGUUGCUUGUACACUUACCAAGUAUUUCCUGCUUUAGUCUCGGAUGUUAUGAUUUCUUGUUCCCUCAUUUGAAGAGGUUGGAGGUGCAUGGAUGUCCAAAGCUGACCACAAUAUUUGGUACUACAUCAAAUGGUUCAAUGAGUGCUCAAUCAGAGGGGUUUAUGAAUUUGAAAGAAAUAUCUAUUGAAAACUUGGAAGGAGUACAAGAUUUAAUGCAAGUUGGAUGUUUGAUAACUAAUAGAAGAGGUGGGCAUGAACUUUCAAUCGUGAGUUUGGAAACAUUACACUUGAACUUAUUGCCAAACUUGAGGUGUAUUUGGAAAGGUCUCGUGCCGAGCAAUUUGACUACUUUGAAGGUGGAAGAAUGUAAGAGACUGACACAUGUAUUCACCGACAGCAUGAUUGCUAGUCUAGUUCAACUGAAAGCUCUAGAGAUAUCAAAUUGUGAAGGAUUGGAGCAAAUCAUUGCUUUGGAUAAUGAUGAUGAAAAGGAUCAGAUAUUGUCAGGAAGUGAUCUCCAAUCUGCAUGCUUCCCUAAUUUGUAUCAACUUGAGAUAAAAGGAUGCAACAAGUUGAAGAGUCUCUUCCCGUUAGCCAUGGCUUCAGGUCUCAAAAAGCUCAAAAUACUUGGAGUAAGUCAAUCCUCUCAAUUAUUGGGAGUAUUUGGGCAGGGUGAUCAUGCUUCAUCUGCCAAUAUUGAGAAGGUGAUGGUGCUCCCUGAUUUGCACGUGUUGUUGCUUGUACAAUUACCAAGUAUUUCCUGCUUUAGUCUCGGAUGUUAUGAUUUCUUGUUCCCUCAUUUGAAGAGGUUGGAGGUGCAUGGAUGUCCAAAGCUGACCACAAUAUUUGGUACUACAUCAAAUGGUUCAAUGAGUGCUCAAUCAGAGGGGUUUAUGAAUUUGAAAGAAAUAUCUAUUGAAAACUUGGAAGGAGUACAAGAUUUAAUGCAAGUUGGAUGUUUGAUAACUAAUAGAAGAGGUGGGCAUGAACUUUCAAUCGUGAGUUUGGAAACAUUACACUUGAACUUAUUGCCAAACUUGAGGUGUAUUUGGAAAGGUCUCGUGCCGAGCAAUUUGACUACUUUGAAGGUGGAAGAAUGUAAGAGACUGACACAUGUAUUCACCGACAGCAUGAUUGCUAGUCUACUUCAACUGGAAUUUCUAGAGAUAUCAAACUGUGAGGAAUUGGAGCAAAUCAUUGCUAAGGAUAAUGAUGAUGAAAAGGAUCAGAUAUUUUCAGGAAGUGAUCUCCAAUCUUCAUGCUUCCCUAAUUUGUGUCGACUUGAGAUCACAGGAUGCAACAAGUUGAAGAGUCUCUUCCCGUUAGCCAUGGCUUCAGGUCUCAAAAAGCUCCAAGAACUUAAAGUGAAGGAAUCCUCUCAAUUAUUGGGAGUAUUUGGGCAGGGUGAUCAUGCUUCACAUGUCAAUGUUGAGAAGGAGAUGGUGCUCCCUAAUCUGGAAUGGCUGAGUCUAGAAGAAUUACCAAGCAUUGUCUACUUCAGUCAUGGAUGUUAUGAUUUCUUGUUCCCUCAUUUGGAGACGUUACUGAUGCAUGGAUGUCCAAAGCUGACCACAAUAUUUGGUACUACAUCAAAUGGUUCAAUGAGUGCUCAAUCAGAGGUAGGGUUUAUGAAUUUGAAAAAAAUAUCUAUUAAAAACAUGGAAGGAGUACAAGAUUUAAUGCAAGUUGGAUGUUUGAUAACUAAUAGAAGAGGUGGGCAUGAACUUUCAAUCGUGAGUUUGGAAACAUUACACUUGAACUUAUUGCCAAACUUGAGGUGUAUUUGGAAGGGUCUCGUGCCGAGCAAUUUGACUACUUUGGAGGUGAACCAGUGUAAGAGACUGACACAUAUAUUCACAAACAGCAUGAUUGCUAGUCUACUUCAACUGGAAUUUCUAGAGAUAUCAAACUGUGAGGAAUUGGAGCAAAUCAUUGCUAAGGAUAAUGAUGAUGAAAAGGAUCAGAUAUUUUCAGGAAGUGAUCUCCAAUCUUCAUGCUUCCCUAAUUUGUGUCGACUUGAGAUCACAGGAUGCAACAAGUUGAAGAGUCUCUUCCCGUUAGCCAUGGCUUCAGGUCUCAAAAAGCUCCAAGAACUUAAAGUAAAGGAAUCCUCUCAAUUAUUGGGAGUAUUUGGGCAGGGUGACCAUGCUUCACAUGUCAAUGUUGAGAAGGAGAUGGUGCUCCCUGAUCUGGAGUGGCUGAGUCUAGAAGAAUUACCAAGCAUUGUCUACUUCAGUCAUGGAUGUUGUGAUUUCAUAUUUCCUUAUUUGUCGAUGUUGGAGGUGCGUCAAUGUCCAAAUCUGACCACAAGAUUCGCUACUACAUCAAAUGGUUCAAUGAGUGCUCAAUCAGAGGUGUCUCAAGUAGCUGAGGAUUCCAGCACUGGUUGCUCCGUGCCAACCAGCACUUGUAGAAAAUGGACCCCAUAUAAUGGGUGGGAAGAGAUAAAAGAGUUUGGCAUUGGAAUUUGAAAAACAUGCUAGUAAUUCAUUCUUGCAGGUCCUUCUUUAAAUGGUUGGAUUAAAUCAACAAAUACGAUAUGCCUGGAUGAUCUUUGUUCUUGAUGUUUGCAUUAGGUUGGGUGGUUACCUAUUUCAUGAUCAACUCGACGUUGGUGGGAAGUAAUUCCAGCUGUUUCAUUAGCUACAACAAUUUGUCUUAUUUCAUGUAUUUGUUGUGUGAACUUCCAGAAAUAAGGGUAAUGUUAUGUGUUUAGUAAUUUAUUGUGCGAACCUCCAAAAAAAGGGCUUUUGUUUGUUUCCGUAAUUGUGUUUCUUUUCAAGUA